CUAAUUAGGGCCCAAAUGAAAUGAAGCCGAUAGAUCUCUGUAUUUCUCCAAAGUCCAAACCUAGGCUGAAGCCACCAGACGACGGGGAAAGACGACGACGAAAACACCACUCAUCGCUAUGGCCUUGACAUCUCGCAUCCUAUCGAAAUCCAACCAGUUACAUGCUGGACGCAUACUUACUCAACACCAUGGUGUAUCUGCUCAUUUCUUUUCCAGUGGAGCUCCUCCUAAACCGCUUAAGGGAGAUGAGAUGCUGAAGAACAUUUUCUUGGAUGUGAAAAACAAAUUUGAGACGGCCAUUGGAGUUCUUCGGAAGGAAAAGAUCACCAUCGAUCCUAAAGAUCCUGCUGCUGUUAAGCAUUAUGCAAAUGUGAUGAAGACUGUUAGAGAAAAGGCAGAUUUAUUUUCUGAAUCCCAACGUAUCGAGUAUACCAUUCAAACACGCACACAAGGUAUCCCAGAUGCUCGCUCAUAUCUUAUAACUUUGAAGGAAAUAAGGAUCAGGAGAGGGCUAAAUGAUCAACUUGGUGCGGAGGCUUUGAUGAUGGAUGCGUUAGAAAAGGUUGAAAAAGAGAUCAAAAAACCUUUGAUGAGGGAUGAUAAGCAGGGAAUGGCUCUUCUUACAGCAGAGUUUGAAAAGAUCAACAAGAAACUUGGAAUUCGCAAGGAAGACAUGCCCAAGUAUGAAGAAGAGUUGGAACUAAAAAUUGCCAAAGCACAGUUGGAGAAGCUGGACAAGGAUGCUACUGAAGCUAUGGAAACACUAAAGAAAAGGGAUGAAUUUAAGGAUGAGGAACCUGUUGAGGUGAAGUCGUUGGACAUUAGAAACUUCCUCUAAACGAGACAAGUUUAAGAUUUCCGAUUCUUCUCAUAUCAUCAAAUAAUAGAGAGACGAAUCCAAUCGCCCUUUAGUUGGAAGUGAGGGUGGUGAAGAAUAAACUACUUUUGUAAUCUGUAUUUGCAAAAACUGAUGAAUAUUUUGCAUCUUUCAAUUUAUUUGGAUUUUAAAC